AAGAAAAUCUUGUAUCAGUCUUCCAGUCUCCCCCACGUACGACUGAACUCCUCUUCCAGUUCUCUCAUCGAUAUUUUUCCGUACUCCGUAGUAUUAUACGGAUAUACGGAUUACUCAUACACUGACACUGUCUGUACGUACAUAUAUACGCUUUUCGCAGUAGAGAUUCCAUUACAAUAUCAUCUUCCUUCCAAGCCUCUCAUCUUCUGCAAUUCCUUUGAAUUCCCCUCUAAUGGCGGAUCGCCGGCGGAGCUUUUUCAAGGAGGAAAUCCUGACCUACGCUUAUAUCCUCCUCUACAUCGCUCUCUCCAGCGGUCAAAUCUUCUUCAACAAGUGGGUUUUAUCUUCAAAGGAAAUAAACUUCCCUUAUCCUCUUGGGUUGACACUUCUUCACAUGGUCUUCUCCUCGGUCUUGUGUUUUCUUCUCACAAAAGUUUUUAAGAUUAUGAAGGUUGAGGAAGGAAUGACUCCAGAAAUAUAUGCAACAUCAGUUGUGCCAAUUGGUGCGAUGUUUGCUAUGACUCUUUGGCUGGGAAAUACUGCCUACCUAUAUAUUUCCGUUGCAUUUGCGCAAAUGUUGAAGGCAAUCAUGCCUGUAGCCGUUUUCGUUCUUGGAGUAGCAGCUGGGCUUGAGGUAAUGAGCUGCAGAAUGCUAUUGAUCAUGUCGGUGAUAAGUUUCGGUGUUCUAGUGGCUUCUUAUGGUGAGAUAAAUAUCAACUGGAUAGGAGUAGUUUACCAGAUGGGAGGAGUGGUUGGAGAAGCUCUAAGACUUAUUUUCAUGGAGAUUUUUGUCAAAAGAAAGGGACUCAAGCUAAACCCCAUAUCUGUCAUGUACUAUGUUAGUCCUUGCAGUGCAAUUUGCCUAUUCAUUCCAUGGAUUUUUCUUGAGAAGCCAAAGAUAGCCGAUGGCUCAUGGAAUUUUCCGCCCGUGAUCCUAGCACUCAAUUCCAUGUGUACUUUUGCACUUAACUUAUCAGUUUUCCUUGUGAUUACGCAUACAAGCGCUUUGACCAUUCGAGUAGCUGGAGUUGUCAAGGAUUGGGUUGUUGUCUUAUUGUCUGCCCUUUUGUUUGCUGAUACCAAGCUGACGCUGAUAAAUCUCUUCGGCUAUGCCAUUGCCAUAGCAGGCGUAGCAGCAUAUAAUAAUCACAAGCUAAAAAAGGAAGCUUCUAAACACAGCUCUGAUGACUCGGAAAAUCCCGAGUCUGUACCAAUGGUCACAACCUCAGGUUCCAACAAGUAGAAAUACAUUAAUAUCGGAAUCUUCUUACUUAUUUCCAAGCUGCUCCUACGAUGAGGCAUUCUUGCAAUGGCGCAAAGUACAGAGACGGGUCGAACUGUAGAGAUAGGAGAGUUCCUCUAUUUAUCAUUGCAUAAAAAACUGAAUUUUCAGAAGUCAAUAUCAAUGAUUUCUCUGUAAAUUAAGCUCUCGGAUCACAGUGUUAGUAAUGUACUAUCUUUGUUAAUUAAAAAAAUUUUGAUAAUUGUCGGUAGCAAUGCUCAGGAGUACAUGUUGCUGAGUAUAUGUUGGCUUUACAUUAUUAUUUGAACGUAGAACUAGUAUA